AUGCCCCCACUCCGGCAAACCCCAUCUUCCUCUCCUCUUCGUCUCACUCCUUCACUUCCAAGCUUCUCCUUCUUCUCACCCUUCUCCCUCUCACUCUCGCUGCCUUGGCCUUCGUCCUCCAAUGGCGUGGUGGGGUCACCGAUCCCACCACCCGUUGGGCCCCACCUGGCUCUGAGAAGCUGUUUCCCGGCAUGGAAGCCUCUCCCAUCUCCGCUGUCUCCCACUCAGCUCACUCCGAUUGCCUCAAGCUUGGCCGUAGUUCCUCACCCUCUUUUCCGUACAGCCACGAUUGGAAGUUUGAAUGUAACCUCACUCGCUCUCACUCUCUCCACGCACAGCUCCAACCCCUUUGCUCUCCGACCCACUCACACUCCCACAACCGCUUCAUUCAACUCUUCUCGCUUGCCCAAUUCGGCGGCGCUUACAUUCUCCGGUGACCCAUUGAAAAACAGAGCUAGAGCUAGAGGCCUGAGUGUGGUCACGCGUGCAGGUCCCAGCACCGGAAGCUUUGUACUUGCCUUCUUUUUGCCCUUAUCUCUCAUUCUCGUCACUGUCUUUGCCUCAAUCAGAAUCUCCGAUAAGCUCGAUAGAGACUAUCUCGAAGAGUUCUCCUUUACCUUCUGUGAAUUCUAG